AUGAAUCCUAUCUUUUUGGAGCCCAAUAUUGGCAACCCGGGGGCUUCUCGACGGAAACCUCGCAAUGAUGCUGCUACUGGAGCUUCCGCCGCGGGUGUCCGCGCCCUUAGUGCGCAAAUGGUAGCUUUCUACUUCCGGGCCCCGAUUAAAGCUUUUUUUCGCACUCGCGUUGAUUAUAUGGCAUUUGCAAGAGCUGUGAACCCUCGUGUGGCAGAAGGCAAAUGGUCUAUUCAUACUACAACACCCGGUCUCUUGCUUCAUGCUGUUAGGACUUAUGGUUGGCGGUUUAUUCCGAAUCAAGUCUUGCCGCCUUUGAUGGCGAAUGCGGGAGUCGGUGCCGUUCUUUACACUUCCUAUCUCCAAGUCCUCGGAGCCCUACAUGAACCUGUUUCGCAGGGCGUCAAACGAGUCUGGCCUCCCGCUCCUCCAUCGGCCACUUUCACUGCUGGUUUCGCUGCUGGAACCAUCCAAUCAAUCAUCGCCGCUCCUUUAGAUGCGCUGCAGGUUCGACUUCAAACCAGUGACAUGCUGGACGGCCAGUAUCGAAGCAUGUGGCAUUAUGGACAUCAUAAACUGAACCAAAUAGGCCUUCGCGGAGUCUUUGCAGGGUGGAGUCUCUCCUUCUUGCGAGACUCGCUAGGCUAUGCCGUGUUUUUCUCUGCCUUUGAAUACAUCAAGUCGCAGUCGUACUACUCCUUCAUUACGUGGUACUAUGGAGAGCUUCGUGCCGAGACGGUUGAUCAACUCCCGUCCCCGGGGUCCAGCGACCGCGGAGUGCCAGUCAUUAAACCACACUACGCCUUGGAACCAUGUUUCCUCAUGAUGGCGGGCGUGGUGGCCUCGGUGGCACAGCAAGCCAUUCAGCACCCACUCAGCCGGAUUCAGGACUUGCACCUCGGGCGGCUGGAGUAUCUCGACCACCAAGCGAGUCUGGACCCUACGCGCCGGCAAAUGCUGCGGUUAUACUAUCAUGCGUACCAGGAGACCUGGAAACGGUGCCGGCGCAAGGCCACGCGAGCCGGGGGGUGGAGGCCGUGGCUCUUCCGCGGGUUUGCGGGGAGUGCACUUCGUCAAGUGCCCAGCACCAGCGCGGGUCUCGUGAUCUUUGAGUUGCGACGAACUGCCUAUCGUGACCGCUCCGGCCUGCGUGGCGUCGCUAAGGGAAAAGCCAAAAAGGGUUCUAAGGGCUGGAAUAUCAGCCCGCCCACCGCCAACAUUCCUUCGUCAACCUCCCCACGCGCCAUACCCCUCCGCAACCUCCCUGAUUCCAACGCCCGGUUCACCGUCCUGGAAUCCGCCAGCGAGAAGGGAAGUCGUCGGUCCUCCUUCUCGUCGACUCGCUCGGGCGAGUCAGACUUCUCCAUCUGGUCAGACACCGGUGACCUUGCCGAACAGCUCGCCGAGGUUGAGGACCCGCUUCAGAUCCGCCUCCGCAAUUCGCUCGACCGGGACCAUCGUGCUCGACGAGGUCGAAGGAAGCAAGCCCCCAAGCGAGUCCACUAUCCACCCGAUCUCGACUAUCCCCACCCUUCGAUUGAUCUUGAGAAGGAUCAUAUCCGAAUCCCUAAUCCCCCUCCUCGACGUAUCCCCAGAAUCGAGCGGUUCCUAGCCGGCAUCAUGUCUCCCCGCAAUGGGCAAAAUGCCCAACUACAUGGGCUGGUGGGCAAGCCAUUGUUGUACUUUACGAGUGUCUUUGUAUCACUAGGCGUCUUCCUCUUUGGCUAUGACCAAGGUGUCAUGUCCGGAAUUAUCACUGGAGGGUAUUUCCGAGACUACUUCGAUCAGCCCUCUCCGGCCACCAUCGGAACCGUGGUGGCCAUCCUUGAGAUUGGUGCUUUCAUUUCAUCCCUUCUAGUUGGCCGCAUCGGCGACGUAAUCGGUCGUCGGCGGACCAUUCUCUAUGGCUCGGCCGUGUUCUUCGUCGGCGGUGGUCUACAGACCUUUGCGGUCAGCAUGCCCAUGAUGAUGGUGGGUCGUAUUGUGGCUGGUCUCGGUGUCGGUGCCUUGUCAACGAUCGUGCCCGUUUAUCAAUCUGAGAUCUCGCCUCCCCAUAACCGCGGCAAGUUGGCUUGUAUUGAAUUCACGGGAAAUAUUGCCGGAUAUGCUACCAGCGUCUGGGUGGAUUAUUUCUGCAGCUUCAUUGAAUCGGACAUCUCAUGGCGCCUGCCCUUGUUGUGCCAGUGUAUCAUGGGGGCCUUGCUUGGAGUUGGAAGCUUAAUUAUUUGCGAAUCUCCUCGAUGGCUUCUUGAUAAUGACCACGACGAAGAGGGCAUGAUCGUCAUCGCGAACCUCUACGGCGAGGGUGAUAUUCACAAUGACAAGGCGCGUCAGGAAUACCGAGAAAUCAAGAUGAAUGUCCUCAUACAGCGACAGGAAGGCGAGCGAUCUUAUAGCGACAUGUUUAGACGCUACUGGAAGCGAGUGUUGAUUGCCAUGUCAGCCCAAGCAUUGGCCCAGUUGAACGGUAUUAACGUGAUUUCAUACUAUGCGCCUUUGGUCUUCGAAUCGGCCGGAUGGGAAGGUCGGAGCGCAAUCCUGAUGACGGGUAUCAACGGCAUUACUUACCUGCUUUCAACCGUGCCUCCAUGGUAUUUGGUCGAUGGCUGGGGCCGACGGCCCAUCUUGCUCUCCGGAGCGAUUGCCAUGCUCAUCUCGCUCUCUCUGAUUUCAUACUUUAUCCACAUUGAGAUUCCAGCGACCCGGACUUUGACGGUCAUCUUUGUGAUGAUUUAUAAUGCCGCCUUUGGAGCGUCCUGGGGUCCCAUUCCCUGGCUCUAUCCCCCGGAGAUCCUGCCUUUGAGCAUUCGUGCCAAGGGUGCCAGUCUCAGCACCGCCAGUAAUUGGGCGUUCAACUGGGUCGUGGGAGAAUUGACUCCCAUUCUACAGAGAGCUAUUGGAUGGCGAUUGUAUCUACUACACGCCUUUUUCUGUGCGUGCAGUUUCGUGGUUGUAUACUUCUUAUAUCCCGAGACCAGUGGUGUUCGCCUGGAAGAUAUGAACAUCUUGUUCGGCGAUGCGACUACAGCCAUGCCCACUCCAGUCACCGACGGCGAGCGGGGAUCGUUGAUGGGCGCAGGCUCACCCGUCCCGUCCCUUGACAUUCGCCGACCGUACGGCCAAUUUGGAGCCGAAAGUGCCAUUCCCGGGCUGGAUAUCGACCCGCCCACGAUCGGCACUGACGGCCUAGGCAAAUCAGGACGAGCUGAUACUCAAGCGGGUAGCCAUCGGGGCGAAGGAAUUGGAGGCUGGAUCUCCAACAUGGUCAACCGUCACCGGAGGGGAAGUACUGGCACCAACCCAGGCCGAUACAGACGAUUGGAACAAGGCGAGGAUGAGGAAGAACAUUAG